AAAAAAAAAUGCCGAAGCUCGCCAUCGGAUCCCUGAAACAAAUCACUCUGUCUCCGGUGGCUGAACCAUAUAAGCGUAAAGCGCCAAAUCAAAUUUUUACAAAAAAAGAAUGCUAACCAAACACAGUGUUUCCCGCAAUUCUUCUCCAAUUUGAAUCUCUCUCUCUCUCUCUCUUUCCCUCUCGCUCUAUCGCUUUCAAUGGCGGCCCCUUCACCAGCCCUAAGCAGCAACAGUUCCGAUACCGCAACCGCCACAACUACCGCUGCCGUAGCCUCCACCGCCGUCACGGCCACGGCCACGGCCGCUAAUACGGCUGCUUUACCCGCCGCCAAAACUACCACCGCCGCCGUCUCUGCCACCGCCACAGCUUCCGCUCCCGCUCCCGCUGCUGCUGCUGCUUCUUCCGUCCCCGCAGCGAACACGGUGGUGCAUCGUACGGACACACCGCCGAAGACACUUCGCGGUCUUAACAAGCCUAAGUGCAAGCAGUGUGGCAAUGUCGCUCGCUCCAGGUGUCCAUAUGAAUCAUGCAAGAGUUGCUGUGCCAAAGCUCAAAAUCCAUGUUAUAUUCAUGUUUUGAAAGCAAAUGCGACUUUUCCAGACAAGACGCCACCUUCAAAUUCUACUUUAUUUGACCAGCAUUCUACGGAGGCAUCACCAUCAGGGAAUUCACAUAGAGUUGCAUCACUUCGGCAACUUUCAAACACUUUUGCUCAGUUCAAUAAUGUGCAAAUUCCACUCCGUUCAAGGAAGCCAAUGACCAGAAAGGAUGCUGCAGCUAUAAAUGAAUGGAGAUUUUCCAAGCUAAAGGAAUACAAGGAUAGAAACAUUGAAGUGGAAGAUGAAGCUUUUGAUCGAUACAUGCAAAAUGUUAAUUUGCUGGAGGAAUUAUUUUCUGUGAAGUCUAUUCCAGAAAGGUCUAUGGAGGAUGUGAAUUCUAGUCCAGAAAGGUCCAUGGAGGAUGGAACUUCUAACCAUGACCCUACUUCCAUGGAUGAUGAAACUGGGCCUACGGUCUCGGGGCUGAAGUUGAUGCUGAGAUCAGAUCCUGUGAGAACCGAUAACUUCAGAGAGCGGAUGAAGCAAAUUGUUGAUCAAGGAUUAAACAAGCUUCAGAAGUGUGAGUUAGAUUACGCCCUUAAUGAACCAAUUAACCAAAAUGAACUGGAUAAAGGGCCCAAAAGAACAAAAGAUUUAUGGGCCGAAAGGGCUUCAGCUUUAAGUGAUCUCAAUGAUAGACUAAAUAAGGCCCGAAACGAUGAGGAUCUAAAAUAUUGCUUGGAGCUGAAAUCUCAGCUCUUCAGUCAUCACACAUCGUCAAGUCACGUAGGAUCUAACUCUGAGAUAUUGAAGGACCAGAAUGCCAAUAAUAAUUUGGAAUCCACAAAAGUAUCGAAUUAUUCAUUGUCCAGAUUGGUUACUUCCGUUGAAAUUGAUCAAGAAACUCUUAGAAAUGUGGAUGCACACUUCUCUUCCUUACAGCAAAUAGAAGGUCUAUAAUUAGAGGUAAGCUUUUGGUGUAGAAUAUGGACUUGUAGAUUAGCCCAGUUGGAAGGAUAGAGUUCAAAAAUAGUUGAUAGCUGCCAUAACUUGCUCAUGUAAUGUUAUUUGUGAAUGCAUGUUCAUACAUUUAGUCUAUUAACUCAACGAUGUUUAUCUGGUAA